ACAGCUUGUUUGAAAGGAAUUGGUUUUCUGCGCUCUGAAUGGAGCGACCAAUUUCCCAAUUCGGAAUCUCGCCUUGCUCAUUUUCCCUGCAGAGCCUGAGCCUGCAACUUCAAGAAUCAAGAAUCAAGGGAAGGCAGCCAGGCAGCUUGCAACUGGAACCAGGGCUGCAGGGCGCUGUGUGUCGGUCAACAUAGAGAGAAAAGACUAAAGGAAAGGACCGCGACAAGCACAGAAAGCCAUCGAUUGGGGAAGCAUUGAAAACAGCAGCUAGCGAGCGUUCAAGUUCCGUCCAAUUGUCUGCUUGAUCAGGAAUUUGGGCGUGCUGGUGUCUGAAGACUUGUAGUUGUUGCUCUUCUGCAUCAGCAUCUGAGGAAGCGCUUCCGGUGCCUUUCUUCUUUUGACUGAUUGGGCGAUGAAAUUGUGCUCAUUAAAGGUUUAAGGUAAGUCAGAUCUAGAGGCAGGACACUUCUGGUUGCACGAGAGGGAGUUGAUCUAGAGCCAUGGCUGAAAGCUCGCAGCUUAGCGCAGGCCAGAAGACCCUCAAGCGGGAUCCAUACGAGAUUCUAGGUGUUCCUAAGACCGCAACUGCUGAUCAGAUCAAAUCCGCUUAUCGGAAGCUGGCAUUGAAGUUUCAUCCAGAUAAGAAUGACAGCCCGGAGGCCACUGAAUCCUUCAAGGAGGUCGCAACUGCAUAUGCAAUCCUCAGCGACCCUGAUAAGAAGAGGCAGUACGACGCGCAUGGUUAUGAUGGUGUCGACAUGGAAGCAAUGGAGAUGGAGCUUGACCUCUCCAGCUUGGGGACUGUCAACACGAUGUUCGCCGCUCUUUUUAGCAAGCUGGGUGUGCCGAUCAAGACGGCAGUGGCUCCGUCAAUACUGGAGGCUGCCUUAUCUGGUCAACUGCCAGCUGUCACACUCCCCUGGGGUGUCCCAAUUCAGGCGAAAGUGGAAAAGCAGCAUGCCAACUACUACAAGCUGGUCGUCACUCAAGAGCACUCUGACGCAGGCGUCGUGGUCCGUGUGACGUCGCAUGCGCAAAGCAAGUUCAAGUUGUUGCUCUUCGACCCCGAUCCUCAAGUGGGGGGCUAUAACCUUGUCGCGCAAGAAGACAGCGUGAAAGCCGGGAAAGUGACGGCAGCGGGCUUCUAUUUCCUCAACUUCAAACUGCACCGAUUAGACCCGACAGUAAACCCGCUGCAUGUAGCAAAAGACCCAGAAGCCGCGCUGUUCAAGCGGUUAGACGGGCUUCAACCGGCUGAGGUGACGCGACUAGACGCGGGGGAGCAUAUCUUUGCGGUGUAUGGCGACAACUUUUUCAAGAGCGCGACGUACUCGAUCGAGGCGUUAGUGGUGGAUAAGAUCGCGGAAGUGAAGGACAAGGUGGAGAACAUCGAGCGGAUCCUGCUGGACAAGCGGAACGACCUCAAGGCCUUCGAGACGGUCUACCGAGACGCUGUUGCGAAGUACGCGGAGGUCACACAAAAGUACGCGGUGGAGAAGAAGCAAGUCGACGAGCUCCUAGGUCUCCGCGACAAGAUCUACGCGGAGUUCUCUUCGGAAGUGUUGCCGCAGCCGUUUACAGAGGAAGUUGAGGACGAGGACGCGUCGCCGUCGGCGGAGAAAAAGAGAAAGAAGAGAUGGUGGGGGGUUAAGUCCUUGUCAAGCAAACAAUAACGCCUUGCUCGCAACUCGGACCGGUUUGUACAUUAAAGCGUUAAUGUACAGGGCUCCAUAGACUAAUGUGCACGCCAAGUGCUUAUCUUGUCGGCUUCGCCCCAGCUAGGGAAGUGAGGGGUAUAUGCAAGAGACCGAAUCUGGUUCUGCCUCAUUCUGACUUAACCGCGAAGUUGCAUGCAUCAUGUGCAUGGGACUCCUGCUGAACGCGAGGGAGA